CUCUGAAUAAAGCGGGCACCUGUCAUACUGUACCUGCGACCCGAUGAGAGGUGGAAAGCAGCAGGACGGUAAUCUCGACCGCCCGAAAUCUGCUGUGACCAUGACGUGCAUCGCCCUCAUCUCCACCGCGACGUGCGAGAGCAAAGAAUUUCCGUCCGCAAGCGAGUUCACGCGUUGGGGAGCUGCACUAUUCCGGCUUAGCAGCAAAGCCGAUCCCACCUACACGGUCCCGAUGCGGCAACACAGUUCUUCCCAGAUUUGUCGUCCGGCGACGAAGAUGAUAAAAGCCUGGACGUGCAGGUACCCGCAGCUGGACACCAUCAGAACGCGAGUUCCCCUAACCUCAUCGAUACGGCGGACUGUCCUGUACCCCGUAUACAAUGCGGCGACACAGCACAGCAUCACGGUCGGUGUUUGGUACAACGGCACAAACAUGCCGCCAGUCCAGCCAAGCACCUCUAAGAUGGAUCUUAAGCCAAAACCCACCCUACAAGUCUGGAGGAAGGACAAGACUCUAGCAACGCGACUCAAUCCUUCGUCCCGACUCGCGCGCCAGGCAUUGCAGAAACAUUCCCCAUCGAUGCGCCACACCGAGCUCUCGCUCAAUGACUACGGUACAGCUGACUGGCCGACUGUCUCCUGGGGACCAAUGCUGUGGAAGACAGGCGAGUGGCACGGCACAUUAGUCAUCGGUGAGAACCAACAUCCGAUGAGUCAUCAGGAUGCCCCGUCUCAUUUGAGAGCAUGUGAAUCCAGAUAA